AUGGGAAUGAAAAUCCUAAUUAUUCUCUCACUGGCGGCUACUUGCUUGGCCAGGCACCGUACCGAUGACCGAAAGGCAUUCUUGUUCCCUAGUCAACCCAGUUCAAACAAGAGUUCUCACACUUUUGAGUGGCCUGAAUUUGGGAACUCUGGCUCACUAGGCACUGAUAUAAGUAAAAAAACUGAGAAGACAUCAGAAGAAUCUGGCUUUGUGUUGACCAAUCCCAAACGUAGAGAUGUGAAGCUUGGGAGAGGAUUUCCAGUUUUUGGAUUUCGGGGUCCCCUAAAACAAGCUCAAUCAGACAACAUAAAAAGUGAUGCAACUAUUAAGUUAGAAAGUCCUUCAUUUAUUGAGAAUGCUACACCAGUGCUUGAAAAAGGAGAAUCUUCCUCCAGUUCAGAAAGCCAGGCUGUUGAUCAGCAGCAGUCGUCUUCAAGUGAGGAAAGCAGUCAAUCGUUUAGCGAGGAAACAAAAGCAAAGGUUGCUAAUCCAGAGUUGUCAUCUAUCACUGCAACAGUUGUUGAAGGAAAGAAGUUCUCUAGUGAGGAGACUGACGCACCAAACCCUAACCAAGAUGUUGUCAAUGAUCAAGAAGAAUCUCCCAAGAAAGCACCAAAGCCCAGUCUAGAAAAUCAACAAUCAAGAGUCUUGAAGAAAGAAAACCUAUUCUUGAAAUUUGGCUUACAGCCUUCUGCCCAGAAAUACAGUUUAGGAGAUAUUGAUAGUAAAAGGCCACAACCAGCCAAACGGAAGCGUAGGCUAGGUCAGCGGUCUUUGAGGAGUGCAGAAUUCAACAUUCCAGAGUUGGCCAUUAAGCUAGACAAAGGAGGAAGUAGAAAUGUGCAAAGACCUCAAGGGGGGAUAGUGGCAAAUCAUAAGAAAAAAUCUGUCCAAAAACGAUUUAAAAAGUAACCUACAUUAUAUGUGUAUAUUGACAGCUCAGCACAUAACUUGCAUGAAAAUGUAUGAUUUUUUUGUUGAAUUACUCUGUAGACAUUCCUUCUAAUUUCUCUCAGCUAUUUUCUUACUAAAACCCAAUAAAGCUUCAGCAAUAAUACUGUGAACUUAUUUAGCUACUUUAAUUAAGCUGUAUAUCGGUUAUACAA